AUGCAAGGUCAAUAUCGCAAUUAUGCCCAGCAAGUACCUCACCGCUCCCCUCACGCUGCUAGUCAGCGUCGCGGGGGCAUAGGGCCAAUGAUGUCGUCUGGUCCCCAUCCUUCUGUGCCAUUAACUCAAGCGCAGAUAGCACAGCAGCAACAAGCACAGGCUCAUGCCCACGAGCUGGCAAGGCGUCGGAGCCGCAAACCAACCGACAAGAAUAUUCCCGAUGGGGUAGACGACUGCAUUGUUGACCAAGAGGCUGUUCAGAGAUACAAGGCACUGAGGGACGUUGAGAGAAUUCUGGACGCCACUACAACCCGUAAACGGCUCGAUGUAUCAGACUCAUGUAGCCGAACUAACAGCAAGCUCUCCAAAACACUUCGAAUUUGGGUCAGCAACACUGUUGAAGACCAAGCUUGGCAAGGUACAGGGCUCAAUGUUGACACCUUCGAUUUCACAUCAAACAUGGAGGCAUCAUAUCGCGUCAAAAUUGAAGGCCGAUUGCUAGAUGACGACAUGCUCAAUGACACAAACCCCUCUCCCGAUCCUCUGUCAGGUACCGCAGGGGAAGCAGGUAAACCCGAGUCAAAUCAACAUGACAUUCCAAAUUCUGGUACUUCUCCAACUUGCCGGUUCUCCCACUUCUUCAAGUCACUAUCCGUCGAUUUCGAUCAUCCUCGCUUCCCGAGUGGCUCAGGACACAACGUUGAAUGGAAAAAGCCGGAAGCGGGAUCCAAAACUCAGUCUAGCAGCAACACUAUUUCCGCCACGGACUUCGAUGAGCUUACUUUCAAAAGAAACGGCGAUGAAAACACGAAUAUUAUGAUCAAUUUGUACCGGCACGAAUCUCCUGAGCGUUACCAAUUCAGCCCUGAGCUUGAGGACGUAAUUGACAUGCAUGAAGGGACACAACAGGAAGCGGUGGGGGCAUUGUGGGAAUACGUCAGGUUCUGGAAUCUCCAAGAGGACGAGGAGAAACGGAAUUUUCGGUGUGAUGAGCUCCUGAAAAAGGUUAUCGGAAGAGGUGAUAUCGGAUAUAUACCAAUGUUGAAUGACUAUGUCACACAGCACCUUCGGCCACUACCUCCAGUUAGAUUACCCUAUACAAUCCGCGUCGACGAAGCCUUCCAUAAGGAUCCUCAGGCCACAGUCUACGACGUACAGGUCCUCGUGGACGAUUCUUUGCGCGGUGCGCUGCAGCCUCUUAUCAAUAAUUCACAAUAUGCGUCCAUGCUAAAGGAUGUUACCUUGCUUGAUGAGCAAUUAGCUCGUUUGGUACAAGCUAUUGCAGUUUCAAAGGCUAAACACUCCUUUUUUGUCUCCUUGAGUGAGGAUCCAGCGAACUUCGUCAAAAGUUGGCUGAGUUCGCAGAGACGAGACCUCGAGUAA